AUGGAUCAAUGGAACAAUAAAGUCGCGGUUGUAACAGGUGCUUCCUCAGGAAUUGGAGCUGCAAUCGCUAAAGAUCUCGUGAAAGCUGGAAUGAUAACAAUUGGACUAGCUCGAAGAGUUGAAAAAGUUGAAGCUCUGAAGAAAGAUCUUCCGGAAAAUCUUCAAGGAAAUCUUCACGCUGUGAAAUGUGACGUGUCCAAGGAAGAUGAUAUCGUGAGAGUUUUUGAAUGGAUCGAAACUAAAUUUAAAGGAAUUGAUGUCUUGAUUAACAAUGCUGGAAUAAUUAGAGAAACUGAGCUUAUCAAUAAGGACAAUUCUAUUGCAAUUCGCGAGGUGAUCAAUACAAACGUUCUUGGUCCUGUCUUCUGUACGAGAGAAGCCUAUAAAUCAAUGGAAAAGCAUGGCAGAAAUUCUCAUGUUGUUCACAUAAACAGUAUUCUUGGACACUAUAUCAUCCGCAAUCUUCAAGUACCCUCUUACAAUAUCUAUCCGGCAAGUAAAUUUGCAGUAACUGCAAUUACAGAAAUCCAUCGUCAAGAAUUCAUCCGCAGCAAGCAUCACAUCAAAGUGACUUCUGUAAGUCCAGGUGCUGUUAAAACUGAAAUCUUUCCAGAAGAUAUAUUGGAAAAACUUGGAAAAAUACCUUUCCUAGAACCUGAAGAUGUAUCUCACAGUGUUCUGCAUAUUUUAGGAACUCCUCCCCAUGUUCAAAUACACGAAUUAAUUAUCAAACCCUUUGGAGAACCUUUGUGA